AUGUGGUUAAAGAAAGUUUUCUGUAUAUUUGCUACUCUAUUUUACCGUUUUUUGCUCGUUGGUGGUUGCUAUGAAGGUGAAAGAGUAGCUCUAAUGAGCUUCAAAUCCUUGCUGACUGAUCCAUCUAAUCGGUUAGCUUCAUGGAAAGGCGAAAACUGUUGCAGUUGGAAAGGAAUCGAAUGCUUGAGUUCAGGUCGUGUUGUAGUUGUCAAUCUCCGGAAUCCUCAUCCGGAUGAAGUCAUGAUCAGUAUCAAUAAUCAAGUCAUUUCAAAUUCUAACAACGCGUUUGAUUUUGCGCUUAAAGGUGCUAUAUCUCCGCUGUUGUUCAGUCUCGACCAUAUCCAACAUCUCGACCUGAGUUUCAACAACUUCGUGUUCUCAAAGUUACCUGUUGAGAUAUCGAACUUAACAAAGUUGACUUAUCUCAACCUGUCGAAUGCCAUGUUUCAAGAUUCCAUCGACAUGCAGUUCUCGAACCUGACAUCUCUACGGCCAACUUCCUGUAUCCAUGUCCAGUUUGAUAAGCCUUCGAUACUUAUCUCUGAUCCAGAGUGGUUUACGAGGGUAUAUUCCUACUUCGAUUUGUCAAAUCCUCUCACUCGAGUACCGGAAUAUAGAAUGGUUCCCUGGUGCAUACUUCAGCUUCCUAAGCUUUUGUAUCUUUCUGUUAAUAAGAAUAACCUGAAUGGUAAUGUGCCGCUGUCUUUGCUCCAGAAGUCUAGAUUGGAUCUGACGAGCAUCGUGAUCUUAAUUUUGGUGAACAAAAGUCUAUCAGGAGCCAUACUGUACUGGUUGUUCAAUCUACCAGCCCUAUCUGCACUAGAUUUACCGAUGAAUAACUUCGAGGGAGUUAUACCUCCAACGAUUCAGAUGAAAUCUUCACUUUUCCCAUCAAUAGUAAACUUAGCCAGAAAAAAACUUCAAGGGCAUAUCCCUACUCAGCUCGAGAAUGUUAAUGUCAUCGAUUUAUCACUUAACAAUUUCGUAGGCUCAAUUCCAGCACAGAUGGGAGAAAUUCCAGCAAUCAGGUCCAUAGCACUAUCCGGAAACAAAAUUCACGGUCCAAUACCUGAAUCAUUUUGCCAAUCAAUUAAUGUUCUCCAGGUUCUUGAUCUCUCUAAUAAUAGCUUUUCGGGCAUCAUUCCACGCAGUUUAGGGAGCUGCAAGUCUCUGAUUUACCUUAGUCUUGGACAAAACAAGCUCACUGGAAGUGUUCCAGAAGAACUUGAACGUGUUACAAGCCUUCGUUGCCUUGACCUGAAUGGAAAUGAGUUUGAAGGUUCUUUUCCGACAGUGAUUGAGAAGUUUCAAGAACUGGAGAUCCUGAAUUUGGCCGGCAACAGAUUUAAAGGAAGGAUACCAAAGUUCAUCGGUGACCUAAACCACCUUCGUAUCCUAGUGCUUGCAUCAAGCUCAUUCAAUGAAUCUAUACCGGAAGGGGUAAUGAAGUUGGAAAAUCUACAAUUAUUAGUUUGUCCAGGAACAAACUGUCCGGUCCGAUUCCUGAGAAGCAUGAAGGAUUGA